AUGGGAAAGACGCCACAGAGCGAUCGCAGCAUUAUUCCCCGAUCGCCAGUAUCGAGUGGCUUGCUCCCUUACAGAUGCGGCACUGCUAGUUUGCCCAGCCCUACUAGUAGUAGAUCCUACAAAGCGAACAGAGAAAGCCACCCGCUGACGCCGGUACCGUAA